CUACGGCAGCCCGCGCGGCCAGACUAACGGUCUGAGCGCAACUGGACUGUACUGGUUGGAUCAGAAACUGCGUAUUUAUUGUGUUAUUACGCGAUUAGCUCGACCUUUCUCUGCUCAGUCACGAGCCAACCCGAGCUGCGCUGCUGCAUCCGCGGGAAGGCACAGCGGCACCGACACGGUACCGUGUGCGGUGAUGUCGACGAAGACGCGACGCUAACGAGCCGCGAGAGGAGAAGAUGUCGCGCGGCGCGUGGACGUGGACGGUGGUGGUCCUGACCUGCCAGCACAAAGACAGUGUCUACGCGUUUCACAGAGAGCUGCAGCUGCGGCAGCAGCGCGGCGCUCUCCCUGCGGGUGCGCUGGUUUUGACGGUGCGCGACCGCCAGGAGCCGCUGGGCAGCGGCGGGGCGACGCUGAACGCUCUGCUGGUCGCCGCUGAACACCUGAGCAACAGAGGCGGACACACGGUGGUGAGCGCUGACGUCCUGGAUGACGCUCACAUCCUCAUCCUCCACACAGGUCGGGAUUUUCCCUGGAGCUCGUGCAGCAGAGCGUUCUGCUGGCUGCCGCAGGAGAAACCGGAGCAGAAGGUCCAGGCCCCGGUCUGCUGUGUGGACCUGCUGCUGGACUGCCUCACUGCUCAGAUCUGUCCUGGUUCUCCGCCCGGUGUUUGGGUCUGCAGCACCGACAUGAUCCUCACCGUCCCUCCUGACUUUGGUACGUGUGCUCGUUCACUCAUGUCAGUCAAGAUGAGGCUCACGCAGUGGUGCAGUGGCUAGCAUUGUUGCCUCGCAGCAGAACAGUCACCGGGUUCGAUUCUGGUGGAGUUUGCAUGUUGUCCGUGUGUGUGU